CGCAAUACUAAACUCCCGAAACAGCUUUCAAUGGCGUAAAUGUUUUGAUUAGGCUGUGGGGCUGUUUGCGGCGGUUGUUCUCUUAACUCGUUUCAGCGCGUUCGUCUUUCCAACGCAGACGAGACGUCGUGUGCAGUGGUGUGUAAUAUGCACUAUAGAAGUGUCACGGUAUUAGUUUGGUCUCCGCAAGAAAGGCUGGGCAGCAGUGCGAUGGUGUCUGCCGAGGCCUAGCUUAACUCGACGCGCCAGAUGGUUUGUUAAAACAUGUUAGGCAGAACGUCUGCGUGAUUUCACGAAUCCGGCUCCCUCGCAAGGCAAGGCUAGCUAGCUAGCUGGUUAGCUAGCGCUCCGAAAUUGGAUCGUCCUCCGGUCCAGGUCGAGAUUAUCCCACUGCCAAGGCCUCGUUUUCCCCGUUCAAAUCAGCUUAUCGGCAGGGGACAAGCUAAACCCGAGUACGGCUCUCAUCAGCGAAUAAUAACCCCCAGCUAUCCAUGUCCACCAGUUCCCGCAGCGGCAUCGCCAACGUUAGCCGACAUGUCUUUAGUAGCCUACGGAAGCAGUGACGAUAGCGAUUCAGAGGGAGCCCUGAACCCUGUGGCGACAGAGGGCAAACCAAGCAGGGGGCUCUUUUCGCUUCUGCCUGCCCCCAAGAGGGCGACGUCGUCGGACACACUACGAAACGAAGGACCAAGCAAAGAGGCCAAGUCGCACUUUUCGUCGGGAAACGGUUCGCCGAACGACGACCUAGAUUCCCAGGCAUCGAGAGGAAGCUUGCAUUCUGGUUUGCCCAAGCCCAAGAAGCGAACGGAGCCUAUCAGGAUAACCGUACCACAGAUCCAAAGAGAAGAUUCAGACUCUGAUGACGAUGGCCCUGCAAAGAAGAAGUUACAAACUCCGGGACUAGGUACAGGCCUGUCCUCUCUCCUGCCGCAGCCCAAAAACUUGACUGUGAAGGAGACCAACAGACCCCUGGUUCCUCACACACUUACCAAGCGCAUAGAGCCCAAAGGCCCCAAGCCUCCGACACCUGCCCAGGGUGUCCUUGACUCUAGUGCGUCCCCUUCUGCAAUUAAAGCCGCAGCUAAGUCAGCUGCCCUUCAGCUUGCUAGGCAAAUGGCUACAGAUGACCAGGACAAUGAGGAGGAAGUGCCACCGGAGAAUUACUUUUCCCUGGGCGACAGCUCUCCGCCACUCCCCGUUGUGGCCCAAAGUGCAGACCCUGAUCCUGUAGUCUCCACAGUUAUCAACCCUUUUGUACCAGGAGCUGAAACUGGCCAGUCAGAUGCCCCCCUUGACUUUGGGGUGAACCAUGAGGAAGUUGGUGCAGGGCCUUGGGCUGGACAACCUCCUCAGUACCAGCAGCCCAUAGCAGGCCCAGAGGCUUACCCUCAGGGAUACUACAAUGAGCAAUACUACCAGGAUCCUAACUCUGGAUUUGCCGAGGCUGAAGAACCUGGCUCCUCCGCCAUGUUCGAUGAUGAAGCGUUCAUGAGGCUGCAGGGGAAAAGGAACAGGGGCAAAGAGGAGGUGAAGUUUCUGGAGAUCAAGGGAGAUGACCAGCUGAGCGGCACCCAGCAGUGGAUGACCAAGAGCAUAACUGAAGAGAAGCAGGAGCGCCAGUCCUUCAGCAAGAAAAAGGGAGACCAACCCACUGGACAACAGCGACGCAAGCACCAGAUCACUUAUCUCAUUCACCAGGCAAAGGAACGUGAGCUGGAACUGAAGAACAACUGGGCGGACAACAAGCUAACCCGCCGACAAACCCAGGCCAAAUAUGGCUUCUAAAGGCUGUAGUUUGGACUCAAGGUGGCGUGCGGAAAGCCACACCAGUAAUUAAAUUAUAGCUUUCCAGAAUCCCUCACCCAAGGUGUUGCCUUGUGUCGCCUUGGUUUGUUUGGAAAGAGAGUAUACUUACCUUUAUACUGACUUUACCUCGUUUUUCUUUGCCCCCCCCCCCUCCAUUUUGUAACUGUGUUAAGAAUUGUCAGUUUAGUGCAUUUAGUUGCGUGACUAGGGGGGGCCCUUUCUGCAAUGUUAUAGACGUUUGAUUCAUCCCGUUAAGCUGUGGCUAGUGAAACAACCUGGUCGGGGUUACAUUUCAAGUUUAAAUAAUGAAUACAACCCUCCGCUGGGACGGCCAGUUGAAUUAAUCAAACUGCAUCAUGGAUUUGCAUGUGAUAAGGAGGCCCCCGGUCAAGGUGAAAGUUGUCUUUAUUGUCCCUUACAGGGAAAUUAGUCUGCAGCCAUUAUAUAUACAACUCUGUACUCGUUCCAGAUUUAAUAGUUCUGUUGGUGGAGUGUUUGAGAAGGUGUAGCUCUGCUACAGGCGUUUACACUCCUAGUCAUCGUGCAACUACGCAAUAAUCACACAAUUGUUUCCUUCCAAAAUUUAAUUUUGACUGUAUUUCAACAUGAGACGGCUCCUGCGUUACAAAAUAAAAAGUAGUUUGUAAGGUAACUGUCCGGUCGGUGGUGAUGAAGUGUGACGGCCAUUAGAAACAUUUCCCUUUACAAGGUUCUUUUCUUUUCAGGAGAUAAUCAGACGGUUUUUUUUUCCCCCAUUAAGGGUAGUCUGAAGACCAGGUUUGAUUCUUGGGUAGGCGCCACACAAACAUCAGCACUUGUUAAUGCUAAAUGGAUGAAAUUCAUGGGGCAAGUUGAUAUUUUUGAAAAUUUAUUAGCUCAAAAAACUCAUUUUGAUACUAAAGAUGUUUUUUAAGAAAUAAAUGUGCCGCAUUUGCCGCCAUGGAUCCUCUUCAUUUAAACAUUGCUGGUAGCUAAAUUGCAUUCAUGUUUAUGUGGCCGAUAUCUGAAAACCAAAACUUGCAUUCCAGUUUGUGCCCCUUCUCAAGACCGGCUCUAACAUCGGGUGGCAAAAUCCAGCAUGCGUCUAAUGAGUUUGUGGUCGUCUCCCAAAUCUGAAUGUUGAGCAGUUUAAUACGCUGGCUGAGAGAUAGGUGGCAAACGGGGGAGUAAACUCAUUUCCCCACCGGUGUUAACCUCUCACUGGAACGAGAAUGAACAAUACACCGAUGUCAAGUUUAACUCUUACAGCAUCCUUGGUGGCUGAAAAUGUGACAGUGUUGAAUUUUUCUCAGACGAGCCAAACACUCCCUGGAUGUUUGACUUUCCACUGCCAAUGAAAAUGCAUUUGAGGACUGUUUUUAAGGAACAAUGCUGUGACCUGUGGGAAAAAAAAGAAGAAAAUACUGCCAUGCUCUCUGGCUGUGGAGAGCGUCGCAGGUGUCCCGAUUUCCCCUUUUAAUAGGAGCUCGAAUGUGAUAAUUGCGUCUCAUUUUCUACUUUCCAGCCGAUGCCAACUUAAAAAAAAAAAAGGGUUUAAAUGGCGUCUCACUGAGGCAUGGAGAUGUAUUAAGCGUCCGUCAUUUUCCCCCACUUUGUUGAAGCAGAGUGGGUCAGUCCGGCCUCUUGUCAGUAUUCACUUGGCUUCCCAAGUAGCAAGUAGACUGACGGGAACCUCCGAGGACCUCCAAGCGAGGCCUCUUCCUCAUGCAAGACACAUAUUUUCACAAAACAUGGUUCUCUGACUGACACAAGUGUUCAGCUGUGGCAGCAACAAGCAAAAACAAACCCCCAGCCGCCCUUCUAUCCAGCUUAACCCAGCUUCAUUUUUGUGCACACAGCUCCACACAAGGUGGGGAAAGGGUAAAUAUUUCGGGACACGUGUCAGCCUGGACAUUGACUCUGCAUACUCAUCCAUUUACUGUACAGAAGCAUUACAUAACAUUUUGUCCAUCCCACAUCCACCACCCUCCUAGUGCUGCAUGAGGCUGCACCCAAGGUUUGACGGAGCGUCUCGGAGGGAGACGUAAGCAGCAGCAUCCUGGUCCGCAGCUCUGUGAGCAUCGUUCACCUUGAGGUCCACUUAAAGGUGGACUGAAGUUUGUCGUAGCACAAAUACCACCCUGGCACGUGACUCGACCAUUAACAAGUACAUUUUAACCACUUAGGAAAAGUGCAAGAGCAAGUAUGUAGGCAAGCCUCUGCUUUUUGCCUCACCCCCGAGAUGGAAGCACAAGUAUUAAGCCUGAACCAACUGCAAAAGCAGUGCCCCCACCCCCCCCACCCCCCAAUUCCAACCCUUUCCAUUUUAUUUCCUUGCAUACUUCUCUUGUGAACCCUUUUGGCAGUAAAGAGGGGACAAUUUGUGAAAUUUAGAUAAAAGCUCUUUAUAUUCUGCAAAACCUCAUUUAUGGACCGAAGAGGCUACGAGCCGAUGCCGCCUGGAGAAAUUCCAGCGUGACUUAUUUACAACGUUGACCCAGAAGCAGCCUUUCAGCAAACAUUUGCUACCAAAUACAGAGAUGAGCUUAUCUGAGGAUGCUUCGUAAGACCUUUUAUGUUAACGUCAUAUUUUCAUUAUGUGUGUGGUGUGCAGUUAAAACUGAUCAAUAAACCCUUUUCCUUUCCGGGCUUUACUUCUUUGUCUGAGACCACAGGGACAGUUGCAUUUUGGUAUUAAAACUAUGCUGGUAUUGUGAAGCAAGAUUUGAAAAAAAAAAAUCACAUUGUCCACCGCAAGACUGGCUACCAGUGUUGUUAAGAGCUGAAUUAAGAUUAAGUGUAGUUAAGAUUUUGUCUGUUCCGUGCAGUCACGUUAAACCCAUUAAUAACGCUUGGUAACUGGUGUAGUGACAUCAAACAGCUCGUGUUCACUUUACUGAAAUCCAAGAAAGCUGUAAUUAGUUUAC